AUGGUAUGCGAAAGAUACACAAGAAAGGUCAGAAGCCAGAUUGAAACCCAGUACAGACCUUUUAAUAAACGUGAACUUAGGGGUUUUGAAUGUGCGAAAACGGCCUACCUUGAAGCCCGGACUCUAUUCCGGCGCUCGUUAAACGAUGAGGAAUAUAACCUGAUCUUCCCACCCAAGACAAUGACAAUUCAUGAUGUAGAGGAGGCUGUUAUUGCAGCCAGAGAGAAGUACCAGAAUCGGUCGGGACAGUCGAAGGCUCGGAAAUGGUUGGCAAAUUGUUCCAAGAGGGUGAUAUACUAUGGGGUCAUUAUGGAUACUUUGUCUCAGCAUCAUCCGGAAUACGUUUCCCUUGCUUGGGGAGCGCUCAAGUUCUUGUUCAUUUAUAAGAUAGGCAAGAUUAAACAUUCGCUUUCCCCAAUUACCAGACCAUACUCUUUAAGCUUCAAGGAUAUUGUUGAGGAAAUCGCCGAAGCUUCUCGGAAUAUCGACAAGGAAGCAGCUGCAGCGUCGAGAGCUGAAAUCAGAGGGCUUCAUAUGCAAGUCCUCCAUCUCUCGGAAAUAUCAAAAAGUAUAGCUCAUUCGGUAAUAGUGAACUUUGACCGUCAACUAUCGAUGUCUACAAAUAUAUCGAAUCAUCUCGCAGGGCAAGCAGAGUGGAUUCAGAGCUCGCAAAUGGCACAAAUCAGGUCGCUGAAAAUCAUCGCAGGCCUUCCAAGCUCGGUUGGAUCCUUGGAUUUCUGUCGCUCUCUUCGUAAUCGACGAAAGACACCUGCUUUGAUGGAUGAGAACGAGAUAGCAAAGCUGCAGUGGUGGUAUAGUAGCCGGGAAGCACCGUCAACUCUGAACGCCCAAGCACGAAGGCUCCGAACUGGCUCAACAGAUUUCGCAGUUGAUUACGUGGAUAUCUUACGAGCAAACAGUAUCCCCGUCGUAUGGAUCGUUCCUCACACCAAUAUUUUUGACGAGAAGGUUUGCUCUUUGAGCGACAUUCUAUUGGUAUUGGUCAUGCAAAUUCUUGAAGUCAGCCCGCGAGUCCUGGCAGAAGGCAACUUUCCAGUGAUGAUUCCGCACUUCCAGGAUAUUGGGUCGCAGGAAUCUGAGGCUGCGGAGCGCACUUUUGAGCUGUUGGCUCGAUGUUUGGCGGGUAUUUAUCAUCUGUACAUCGUUGUUGACAUGACUUUGAUCAAUGCCGUCGUCAACGAUAACAGCACUCGCGCAAACGCAUUUUUAAUGCGACUUCGUCUGAUGCUCUCUUCGAGACCGGGUGUUAAAUUAGUGCUAGCUUCUUGGAGACCAGUUCGUGGUCUAAGUAACCAGGAUUCGGAAAGUAUCUAUCAAAUCAACAUUCAUGGUCGGCUUGCGGGUCUCUCAAAGCAGCGAGUAAAUCGUUCAAGUCGUACUUUGGCAAUUGGACAAACCGCUCUUCGGAGAUUCCUCUAUUAA